UGGGGAGCUGCUCAUGCCCUGCUCAAGCAGGGCUGGAGGAGACAGCAAAAGAAUAAUGCUGCCCUUGGGCACCCGUGGGGUGUGGGUCUUCAUGGUCCUGCUUUGUAGCAUCCACUCACUUCUUGCAGCCCCAACUCAGCCUGGUUCAGAGCAGAGUGCAGAGGCAACCAGCAAACCUAACAUGACAAUGGAAGGUGUAUUCGUGUCUUUCUUAAGCUUCUUCAGUCCCAUGACUUGCCGCCUCAGCAAUGAGCGACUCUUCACUCCUUGUCCUGUACAAGGCCUGAACAUGUCUGAAUGCAAAAAAAUUCGCUGCUGUCCUUUCAGAAUUGGCCAGGAGGAGCAGUGCUACCUGCCCGUGAGGGAUGAUGUGCAGCUGGCCAUUCGAGUGGUUUUGCUCACUGGAGGAGGAUUUUUGAUUUUGGGAUUGCUGCCAUUCUGUUGCUGUGCCCUUUUGCAGAGAAGUCCGUGUAUCAAUCCUUUACGAAACAUAAGCAAAGAAGUACAGAAAAUUGCACAGUCUAAACGAAUUGGUGGUAUGAAGAAUCCUGAAGAGGAGAUUCAUCGCCACUUGCUGGACUGACCUAAAGAACCAAAAGGACAAAAAAAAGAAGGAACAUCCACCUGAUCCUGAAGAUCAAGCAGAAGACACCAGGAUUAUUUGGCUAUCUCUGGAAAAGGACAAUUUUUAUUUUAACAUUGAAGUAAUAC